CUUAUUGCACCAGUGCAGCAGUGCAGCUAAAAAGAACAGGCCAUAGGCUGUGUAAUUGCUGUGUUGCCGUGUAACCACAUGUAACCGCUUGCAGGAUUUUCAGCUUUCAGCCUUUCAGGACGUUCUUUUUUGGUACAAGUACAAGUUAGUAGUGCCGUAUAGUUCUAGUUUCCUGAAAGAGGGUGCUGUAACAAAGAAGGAGUUUAAUAUCUUACGUUCCAAAGUUUGGAGUAAAAAGUGAUUUGGUAUAACCUAUAUUUUUCAAAAUGAGUAAGUACAGGCGAGAAGAAAUCUCGAGCGAGGAUACAGAUAGUGAGGAAGAACGUCGCAAGAAAGAUAUCAAGGAGAGAGACAGUUUUGCCAGUCGUCUCAGGGAAAAAGAUAAAAGUAAAAGACGCAACGUAGCCAUGCCAGCUGGCACUGGCGCUGCCGAAGCAGCAAAGAGGCUUAAAAUUAUAGAGACUGAUACAAGAGACAAGCUGAUACCUAAAUUGAGAAUUGAGUCUCGUAGGAAAUACUUGGAGAAACGUAAAGAGGACAAGGUUGCAGAGUUGGAGGCUGAUAUUGUUGAUGACGAAUAUCUCUUUGAUGAAGACGUUUUAACAGAGAGAGAAAGACAAGAGAGGGCUCAUAAGAAACAGUUGUUGCACUUGGCAAAAGAGCAUGAGAAGGCAAGGGAACUUGAGCGUAUGCAGCGCUAUCACAUGCCCCUUGAGAAGGGUAAGAUGGAACCAGAACAAGAUACAGCAGUGGAUAAGGAACCACCACAAUCGGAACAAAGCAAAUGGGAAUCGGAUCAGAUGUCGUCAGCAGUUUUUCGUUUUGGCGCUAAAGACAGAAAAGCUCAACAAGAGUAUAAUCUUCUCAUGGAGGAUGAGAUGAUAGAAUUUGUUCAAGUGCUGCAUAUGCCCGGACAUAGGGAUAAGAAACGUGAGGAGAGUCCACCCGCACAUGUUAAAAGUUUACAAACGAUACAGGAGACAAAGAAGAGUUUGCCUAUUUAUCCUUUUAAAAAGGAUUUAAUAGAAGCUAUCAAAGAACAUCAGAUCUUGAUAAUAGAGGGUGAGACGGGAUCAGGGAAGACAACACAGAUUCCACAAUAUCUAUAUGAAUAUGGAUUUGCGGACAAUGAUAAGAUAAUCGGAUGUACACAGCCACGACGAGUAGCGGCCAUGUCAGUAGCUGCGAGAGUAGCCCACGAAAUGGCCGUUAAACUAGGCAACGAGGUUGGUUAUGCUAUUCGUUUUGAAGAUUGCACGUCUCAACGUACUCGUAUCAAAUAUAUGACUGAUGGUACAUUGCACCGAGAAUUUCUCAGUGAACCCGAUCUAGCAUCAUACAGUGUAAUGAUAAUCGACGAAGCGCACGAACGAACUUUACAUACUGACAUUUUAUUUGGACUAAUGAAAGAUAUUGCGAGGUUUCGUCCUGAUUUGAAACUGUUAAUAUCAUCGGCUACAUUAGACGCUACAAAAUUCAGUGAAUUCUUCGACUACGCUCCUAUAUUUAGGAUACCCGGACGCCGUUUUCCUGUUGAUAUUUAUUACACAAAAGCGCCGGAAUCAGAUUAUAUUGACGCAUGUGUAGUUUCCAUCAUCCAAAUUCAUAUAACGCAACCGUCAGGUGAUAUAUUGGUAUUUCUGACUGGGCAAGAGGAAAUCGAGACGUGUCAGGAAUCGUUACAGGAGAAAGUGAGAACAUUAGGGAGUAAAAUGGCAGAACUUUUGAUUUUACCUGUUUAUGCGAAUCUACCGAGCGACAUGCAGAUAAAAAUAUUUCAACCGACUCCACCUGGCGCGAGAAAAGUUGUAUUGGCCACUAAUAUCGCGGAGACUUCAUUGACUAUAGAUAAUAUAGUAUACGUCAUAGAUCCUGGUUAUGCGAAGCAGAACUACUUCAAUCCACGCACUGGGAUGGAAAGUUUGAUAGUCGUGCCGAUUAGCAAAGCAUCCGCGAAUCAGAGAGCGGGACGCGCGGGAAGAGUAGCACCUGGAAAGUGCUUUCGUUUGUACACGGCUUGGGCUUAUCAGCAUGAGCUUGAAGAUAAUACCAUACCUGAAAUUCAACGAAUUAAUUUGGGUAAUGCAGUGCUUACCUUAAAAGCUCUCGGAAUCGAUGAUUUGAUGCAUUUUGAUUUCUUGGAUCCUCCGCCGCCCGAGACAUUGAUCUUGGCAAUGGAACAGUUAUAUGCCUUAGGUGCGCUCAAUCAUCGUGGGGAGCUAACGAAACUUGGUCGUAGAAUGGCCGAGUUUCCACUGGAUCCAAUGAUGGCUAAAAUGCUAUUAGCCAGCGAGAAGUAUCGCUGCUCAGAAGAGGUGGCUACCAUUGCGGCCAUGCUUUCGGUGAACGGCGCUAUCUUUUAUAGGCCAAAAGAUAAAAUUAUACACGCGGAUGCUGCGCGCAAGAAUUUCCACGUACCUGGGGGUGAUCAUCUUACUCUUCUUAAUGUGUAUAAUCAAUGGGCACAAAGUGACUUUAGUACACAUUGGUGUUACGAAAAUUUUAUACAACACAGAUCCAUGAAACGAGCGAGGGAUGUUAGAGAACAGCUGGUAGGUUUGAUGCAGCGUGUGGAGAUGGAACUAGUCUCGGGAAUUACAGAGACAGUCAAUAUUAGAAAGGCUAUUACAGCUGGUUAUUUUUAUCAUGUUGCACGUUUGUCGAAAGGAGGUUCUUACAAAACUGCAAAGCAUAAUCAACAAGUCGCAAUACAUCCAACUAGUUCCCUGGUUCAGGAGAUUCCGCGGUGGCUUUUGUAUCAUGAACUUGUUCUUACUACCAAAGAAUAUAUGCGUCAGGUUACAGAGAUUGAAAGCAAAUGGUUGCUCGAAGUGGCACCUCAUUAUUACAAGCCCAAGGAAAUAGAAGACUCAACAAAUAAAAAGAUGCCGAAAGUUGCGGGUAGAUCACGACCAGAUGGAACAAAUUAAAUAUAAUUCAAUGCUAUCUCUUGACUGUGAUAUUAAGUUAUAUUUUGUGUGUGUGUGUGUGUGUGUGUGUGUGUGUGUGUGUGUAUGUGUGUUGUGUGUUUAUAUAAUGUAUAAAUAAAAAUAAAAUGUUUAUCUAGAUUCGAUUUAUUGCAACUAGCUUUUUUUAUUUUAUGGAAUACUUAUAAUAAAAAUUAAUGAAAAGUUAA